GCGCUUGUAGCAACCAGCUAUGUAAAGGCUCGUGAAAUGAAACGGUCUCCCAGUACACCCUUUAGUCCUAACCACCUCCUGGAACGCAUUGAGUAGCCUCAGUUAUCACCAAGAUAUGUCCGGCCAGCCGGAUAUCCCGCAGAUGCCAGAAAGAGACCAACACGGAGGAGAUGACCUUCCUACAUACGAUGAUCUUGCAGUACAGAACGGCCCAAACUCAAGGUUUGGGCGCUGGAGGGGGUGGAUUGAGAAGAGAGCUGCUGAACGGUAUGCAGAUCUUACACCCGAAGCCUUAGCUCAUCGACGGCAGAGAGGCUGGGAUCUGGACCAACAUCCGACAGCAGAGGGUGUUUCACAUGCAGCUUCAGGAUCAGCCACAGACCCUCCUUUCCAGCUACAUAUUCAAACAGUCUUCCCCAAUCCGUCACUACCGAUUGCAAUACCUAUAGUACAGAAACACUUACCACCGACUCCUUCUGUAGGAGAAUCCUUGAGCCCGACUCAUCUGGAGCUCCAUAGUUUCGGCUCGCGUUUCCUGCCACAUACUACCGCUCCUAUACGAUGUUUACUACCGAUCCUGGGUGAUCGUAUUCUCUUAAUUGGCCACGAUGACGGCCUUUCGGUCAUGGAUAUGUACCCGAAUGAAUGGGGCGAACGAGGCCUCAUUGCGAAAGGACCUAACGAUGCAGCAGCUCAUCCAAUAUGGAACGGCGAAGGCGUAUUUCAGAUGAAUAUACUCGAACUAGAGAACACCGGAGACGGUACACCGCAAGGCGUAGUCCUUGCCCUCGUAGGACCUGACGGUGAAGAAAGCGUCAGGUCCCUGCGGAUGUACAGUCUUGCUAGUCUUGCUAGUCUGGCAAAAUGGGCAAUCUCGCAGAAGGGUAGCCGACCGUUGAAUCUACAUAACCCAGCUCCAGGAAAAACAACGCAGACAACCCCGAAGAAGCAUCGUAAUCGCCCCAGUCUUGCAAAAGGGCUGCGUAAUCUAAUCGUUGAAUCCCCUGCAGCUUCCACCGGCUCUUCUAGCAAGUUGAACUCACUUUAUGCAGAUUCCCCAUUGGAACCUCCACCGUCUAUACAUAUGAGCCCGUUAUACCGUUCUAAUUCCAACGGCUCGUCAAGCACGAUUGAUUCAUCAUGGGAUGUAGUCGAUGAACUGCCAUUACGUUGGGCAACAGAUUAUGUUCCGUUGGCUCCGGCUGGAUCUCGUCUGCAGAAUUGUUCCGUUCUGUUUUAUGCCUUGUGGCGAGAUGAGAACGUCCGGGCUAGGGGUGGUGCAUACCUAGCUAUUGUCGUGAGGAGUAAUAUUCUGCUCUACGAGACACCAAAGGGGGAGCGGACCUUCCGCUUUGUGAAGGAAUUCUACACGCCACUGCAAGCACGUAGUCUAGCGUUCGUGCUGCAGUCUGUGCAGGAUCCUAUGUCUCGCAGCUCGUCAGAUGUAUCUCCUCGCCUUCACCCAAAUCAGCAUCGACAUUCAAAGUACCUGUCUGUGAGCGUAUCAUCUCCACAAUAUCCACCUCAACUCAGUCUCUUCGUGAUAUUCGAGAAGAAGGCAGGAAUGAUUCGUAUAGCGGAUGCAGCCGUAGGGGAGGUCGAUCUGGGUGAUGAUUACAACUAUCAUACCUUGCUAUCGCCCCUGGCUGGCCCUGUGGGCACUCUGAGCCGAAGGUCCCGAUCCUCAUGGGAUGGGAAGGCCUUCCAUAAGGAGCCUAAGGCUGCCUGGUCACUACCCACAAAAUUCGUUGUACCAGGAUUUGGUCGGGAGAAGGGCCUCUACCUCCUUACACGGGGGAAACAAUCACACAUCUAUCCCCAUCCACUACCUGCUAAUAUUUCAGUCACACCUUCAUACCGAACGUUCAGCUGGUCUUUUGUUCCCUCAUACGUUUGUCCUCGGAUAUGUAAGCCGCAGGAUGGUAAUCCAUCGUUUCUCCAAGUGGUUGCUUUCGGAGAAGAUGGGGUAGAAGUCCUCGAGGUUCCACUUUCAUCACUGACGGAGAACAAGGGUAAAGGAAAGGCGCAGGAGCCCCUGCACGCUGUUGCUGAUGUUGGGGGUGACACUGGAUUUCUCUGCUUCGGCGGCCACUGGGACAUAUCUUCAUCGCAACCUGUUCUAGUGCGAUCUGAUUCAACGGCUAGCACUGACUCAGAAGAUGAUGGGGUGUUAAAUCAAGCCACCGCAUUGCGAGAAGAAGCAGGGAUCUAUGGAUGGGUAAGGAGGGGACAUGAAGAUUGGAGGGUAUUCUGGGUGGGCGGCGGACGUCAAGGGUAGCAUGAUAUAAUGGUAUGAAAAAUGUAUGUAUACAUGCAAUGGGUUGUAUCGCUUACUAGCUUCCAGAUAUUUACGAGGAUGGCAGACGAAUUUCGUCCCUCAUCAUGUACACUAAUUGCUGAAUCUUAGUCCAGUCCAUGAGAUUACCU